AUGCGUUGCGAAACCCUGCUCACAAUGCUGUGGCUUAACAUUCUACUGGCAAACACCAUGGAGUUGGCCCCGAGGGACAUCGAUCCCCGGCACAAGCCCGGCGGGGUUUUCUGCAAAGCGAACCCACCGUCCAGCCAGGGUGCCUCCAAGGAGGUCACAGGAACGACGGCCGCAAGCGAUGACCGGCAGUGUGCAGAGGAUGUGGCAGGCCAGCAGGUUAAGUCGAUUCUUUCGGAUCGCGCUAACCUGGCCUGUAUGGCGGCUGAUGCGGAGCUAGCCGGAAAGGAGCAGCUGCUGGAUCAGCUCGUGGAGAACCUGGCCGAGACAAGGGGCGCCAUGGAGGAGGUGCAGCAAGCCGUUGUCGCCAGCUCUGCCUUCAUGCAGACAGUGUGUCGGGCGCGUGAGAAAACCCAACAAAGGUUGGCACACCUGCAGGGACUCUACAAUGGGGAGAUGAUGGACCCCAUGCGACGGAUGGUAGCCAACGCCCAGCAGUUGGUGAUGGAGAAGCGCAGCCUUCUGGACGCUGCCAAGUGUCGGGUGGAGAAGCUGCACACCUGCCUGAAGGAGGCCCAGGCGGUGCUCGAGCGGAAUCGGGACAAUGCCGAGAAAGCCAAUUGCUCCGCCGCAGAGGCUAAAAAGCGGAUUGAAGAAACAUGUCACCGGAAUCAGGUGGAGGGCCCUCCCUCCCAAUCACAGUUUUUCCGUUGA